AUGAAGAUCAAUCGAUAUCACGACAUGUUAAAGGCCGAGUUUAGGGAGUUUAUCACUCCCUCGAAGUGUGAAACAUUGAACGACCUCAUCAACUGGGCUCGGGAUAGAGAGAUUGAGUUGAAGCGACAAAUAGAAAGAGGGGAGAAAAGAUCGGCUGAAAAGCCUACAACCACAAGCCCGUCCAAGAAACCUAAGCAAAAUGAUAAUAGAAACAAGGGAGGAUCAAGAGGUAGCAUUCCUCCAUGUAAAACUUGUGGAAAACUUCACACUGGAGAAUGUCUGCUGGGAAAGAAAGGAUGCUACAACUAUGGUCAAGAAGGGCAUCCUUACUAUAAGUGCCCUAGUUCCGUGAGGACGUGUUUCAAUUGCUUCACUCCUGGUCAUGUCAAAGCUGAAUGUCCGAAGCUCAAGCAAAAAGGGCAAAAAGAUGGGAAGAAGGACAAAAAUCAGAAGGCUCGAGGAAGGAUGUUUCAAAUUACCACUAAGGAAGCUAAGGUUCUACCAAAUGUUGUAUCAGGUAUUUUCUUAGUCAACUUAAUACCCGUGAAUGUAUUAUUCGAUUUUGGUGCUAGUAGAUCAUUUGUGUCAGAUGAACUUAUGUGCCAUCCCUCUUUUAGAAAAGAACGAAUGUCUAUACCCAUAGAAGUAGAAGUAGCGGAUAGCAAAAGUUACUUGUUAUGUGAAGUGUGUAAAAACUGUAAGAUCACCAUAGAGGACGAAGACUUCGAAAUAGAUCUUAUUCCUACGGUUUUGGGGGAAUUUAAAGUAGUAGUGGGAAUGGAUUGGUUAUCCCGGUAUCAUGCAGAGAUUCGAUGCGAGGCAAAAGUUACUCACGCGUUGUCACCUAGUGGGAGUCGAGUAAGUAUUUAUGGGGAAAGAAAAUUAGAGGUGAAGCUGUGCACGAUUGUAGAUGCGGUCAAGUACGCAAGAAAUGAAGGCAAGGCUUUUUGGCCUACGUGA